AUGACUAUCGCCAAGUACACGAUCACCGAGCCGCUGCUCGACCUCAACAUGGACCUCGGCGAAGGCUGUGUCUGGGACUCGCGGAGCAAGCGACUGUACUUUGUCGACAUUGACCUUAACGAUGUCUACGUCUACGACCCGGCAACGGAGAAGUAUGGCGUCAGCCAUUUUGACAAGAACGUGACUGCAAUCGCGCUUCUUGAGGAUGGCGAGGGUCUCGUGGCGAGCGUCGAGGACAACUUUGCAUUCAUUCCACCUGCAUCAGUUCCCCAGCCGACGCAGGCGCGCUUCGAGGCGCCCAAGAUGGUGCCGCAGACGUACGACGUCAUUAAGACAUCCACGGUCACCGGCCAGCUUACGGCCAAAGAGGCGCGUAUGAACGAGGGUGCGGUUGACCCGGCGGGUCGCUUCCUUGCCGGCACCAUGGGUUCUGGAGGGAUCGGCACGCACGACGGGCGUAUGUUCUCACUCCGCCAGACUAAGGACGGGUUCGAGGCACCCCUUAUUCUCGGCGGGAUCACUUGCACCAACGGGAUGGCGUGGUUCGACGGUGGACGCAAGAUGUACUUUACCGACUCUUGGGUCAAGGAGAUUGUCUUGUUCGACUACGAUCUCGCCAAGGGCACCAUGUCGAAUCGGAGGGUGUUCUCGGACAUGAAGACGCCCGAUGUUGGAUACCCCGAUGGCCUAUGCCUCGAUGCCGAGGGAGGCGUGUGGAGUGCCCGCUGGUGCGCCGGCAAGGUGGUACGCCUCAACCCCGAGACUGCGCAGAUCGACGUCGAGAUCGACAUUCCCAGCGCUUGGAACGUUACGUGCUGCAUCUUCGGCGGCGACAACUUGGACGACCUCUACAUCACCACUGCCAAGUGCGACACGGACAACCAGAACCCGCCUGACAGGACUGAGAAGGGCAAGCUCUACCGCAUCAGCGGACUUGGGUACCGCGGCGUGGAACGCGGCCGCUUCAAGGGCAAGUUCUAG